CUCUCUGUAAAUGUAUUAUAGAGAGAGAUAGAGAGAUAGAGAGAGAGAGUCUUAUAUUAUUAUUAUUAUUAAGUUAUGUAUGUACUGAUAUAGCUAUAGUAUUGUGAACUUUCUUCUCUUCAAAUCAUAACCCAAAUACCAAAAUCCAAUCUUUGACAAGGCUUUUCAUGGAUGAGGAUUCAACUCGAGAUAGUUCUUUUGCUGAUUUCAGAGAUGAGACAAAAGUAAAGAUAGAUAGAGAGAGAGAGAGAGAGAUUAUUGAGGUCACGCCGGUUAUAUAUGCUGAACUACUACUCUAGCUUGAGGAUAAGGUCAAGAGAUAGAGCAACAACGUCAACUAUAGUACUUGUACUGUUAUCAAAACAAGAAGAAGAAGAGGUCGAAGAAGAAGAAGAAGUCGAAAACCACCACCUUCGUCAUCACCACCAAGUGUUUGUAGUUUUGCUUGUGCUUGUGACUGUUGGUAAAACAGCAGCAGCAGCACAAGAAGAGAGAAGCUUUUCAUCAGAUGUUAUCCGUUGAAAAGCAUCCACCUGCAGAUCCCUCAUCUCAGCAGCCACUCAAAAACAACCUUGAAUCUGAUCAUCAUGAGAUUGAGACGGCUACUUUGCCUGACCUAGAUCUGUCUAACCCUCCUCCUCUUCACCACCCACUUCCCAAAUUCUCCAUAAGAGAUUAUGUUUUCACUUCUCGGAACAAGGACAUCAAGACCAAUUGGCCUUUUUCUCAGGAAAAUUUGCAGCUUUGUCUGAAACAUGGCGUGAAGGAUGUGUUACCACCAUUUCAGGCUCUUGAUUCAGUAAGGAAUCAAACUUUCAGGAGAUGUACGAUUGAAGACGAAAACAUAACAAGCGAUAAUAAUAAUAAUAUUAAUAAUAAUAAUAAUAAUAAUAGUAGUAGUAAUAUCAUUGAUGGGGAGCCUUCUGAAUCACCUGAUGAUCAUGAUGAUGAUCACCCGGAGGUAUUGUUAGACUCUUUCCACAACACUCAAGCUCAACAGCUGAACCAGAAGCAGCAGCUAGCAGACGUUUGCAUAGACACAAUAGCUUCAUGCGGGUCUGGAGAGAAUGAUUUUCCUUCCACAACUACAACAAGCAGUGUUUGUCAGUCUGAGAUAGAUAAUCAAGAUCUCUCAGCUCCCACCAACAGGUCAACUACCUCACCAUCACUGCAAACUGAUACUUCUACUGAGCCUGCUCCUCCUCCUCUUGUUCACAAGACUCAAACAACAAACCGAAACUCGGGUAAAAAGUGCAGAUUGAUAGUGAAAUUCGGGUCACAUUCGGAUAGAAGCUCAACCGAAGAUAUUGCUUCCAAUUGUUCGAACCCAUCAGAAGCAAUGACGUCCAAGAUUUGCCCUGUUUGUAAAGUCUUCUCCUCUUCAUCAAAUACUACUUUGAAUGCUCAUAUUGACCAGUGCCUCUCUGUGGACUCAACUCCCAAGUGGACCGUGGACACUAAACUUUCAAGACAUAGAAUUAAGCCAAGGAAGACAAAGCUGAUGGUUGAUAUCUAUGAAACUGCUUCUCCUUGCACGUUGGAAGAUCUUGAUAGAAGAAACGGGUCAAAUUGGGCCACGGUUUCAAACUUUCCUAUUCAGCAGAGUAGCGAGAAGUCUGAUAGUGAGAUGCCUGUGGAAGAUACAAAACGAGUGUCAUCAUCUGGACCUUCUGAUCAUCAUUCAGAUGAUGUUGAUGUAGGCGCAGUCUAUAUUGAUGCCAACGGUAUCAAACUUCGGAUAUUAUCCAAGUCUGAUGAUGUCCCUUCUGUGUCCAAGCUCAUUGAGCAUCUUCGCCCCAGAAAACCUUUGAAAGGAGGAAGUAAUAAAGGAAGCAAAUUUCUGUCUACCAGAAAGAAAAAGCGCCGUCAGUAUAAAUAUAACAAGUACCUGAACAAACUUGCUCAAACCAAAAAGAAGUUACUCUCUUCAAAGUCUCGUUCUUCUCUGAUACAUGGUGCUCAAGGAAAACAGUGUGUAGCUGAGAGAAGUUUAAAUGAGGAAUGUAACAUGGAGAAGCAGGUAAAUCCCGGCAAUUCUGGAACUUUAGGAAGGUGGGUGUGUUCCAAAAGAACUGGCAUUGCGAAGAAGGUCAACAAUAAAGUGAGCCGCCAGCAAGUGCAACAAAAAUGGCCUGGAACUGAGGACUCCGGGGUUGAGAGUCUUCAAUCACGUUUGGACCAAAAUGGUGAGGAAGAGCUUAUGGAUUUGUCUAGAAAUCCAGAUUCGUCUCCUGAGAACAGUGACAGCAGGUUGGAGGAAGUAUUUUUUGAAGCCCAGACUUGUCACAAGAGGGAGCAGCCUCCUGGGAUAAAGAGAUCGGUAAAAAGUUCCUUAUCUAGUGCCACGAGUAGGGGCAAUGUUGAGAGAUCCUUUGCGCCAAUUAAGCCCCGUCAGUUGAGAAAGGACAUUACUCCUGUGAAUGAUUAUCACAUGCUGAAACCUCCCAAAUAUACUACAGUUUGCACACCUGGUACAAGCCCAGUUGAGGAUUUUGAACCUCCGCCUGGCAUUUCUACAAAAAUGACCAGAGAUUGUCAGGCUUCCAAGUCCAGAUCAAAAGCCGGGAAAAUCUCUUCAGCAAGAAAACAUUUGUUGUCUAGCCAACAAUCACUAGUGACUGAAGCCAAUUCUGAUGUUGCUAAUAAAUUCUCAGCCCAUAAGAAGUCCCGAGUGCAUUUGAUGACAGAAAUAGAUGAAGAGGCAGUGCUAUGGAAUUCUGAUGACGGUUAUGAAUUCCACCAAGAAUUUGCAGCAAAUGAAUCUGGAAGUGAUGAUAUGAAUAAUGAAACUUCUCUUUGCAGAAGCACUGGAUUGGAAGUCAGACAAAACACUGGAGUUUUAGGAAUAGCUGGCAGGAAGGCAGCCAUAGUUUCAGAGAGUUCACAAUUGCCAUCGCCACAUUAUUUGCACGAUGAGGCGGAGAACCUAGAUUCUUCUCCUUUGGACAAAGCUGAUGAUAUGGAACCAAUGUGUGAGGAGGAUCUUCAAUGCUCUCAGGAUGGCACUAUCCCUCAACAGUCUUGUAAAAGAGUAGCUAUCAGGGACACUCUUGCUAAUUGGCAUAAGCCUGUAGAUCAUGAAGUUCACAAAUUGGGAAAUCGUUCCAAGAUCCUAUCCAACUCUCUACAAUACAAGGGGGAUCUAUUUGAUGUGGAAGUACUGACAGGUCCUGCUGGAACAAGUUUUGUUGGCGGACAAGAGACGUUUUAUUCUGAUCGAAUAGGAGAUGGUAUGCUUGUGCAGAAUGUUAAUAUGGGGGAGGAACGGGAAUCUGAAGACGGUGAAGGAAGUAGGUUUCCUGAGGUUGAUCCAAUACUUAUACCAGGACCACCAGGCUCAUUUUUACCAAGUCCAAGAGAUAUGGGUUCAGAAGAUUUUCAAGGGAACUCAUCAUUAACCACGAGUCGAGUUCAAUCUUCUCAAGAUCAACAUGAUUUUAUUGAUGGAGAUUCAUCAGAUUCUCCUGUUUCUGCAACAUCAACUAUCUCUAAUUUUACAGCUACCAGAGAUGAUCGUAAGCAUGCAGAACUAUUACCAUCUGUACUCCAUCAGGCCAUUCAAGACAAAAUUAGAUCAAGCCUCUCAGGUGGUAGUGUGGAUUCUUCAAUAGAAAAUGUUCCCAUAGUUCCCCGGACAAUGAAUAUAGCUGCAGAGAGACUCACAUACGACAGAGAGAAAUUUAAAGUGAAUGCCAAGAUACCUCUCGGCUUAAAAAGUGAUGACGAGCCUUGUUGUUGCCAAAGGAAAGAGAGAACUUCUCAGGGUGUUGUUUUAGAUUAUCAAGAAUCACAGCUCUUGAGGCGGCGAGCAAUGACUUCAGUGAUUAUGGAGAAGCAAACAAGUUGCAAUCUUAACAAUAGGCCCAACAAUGUGGACUCAAGGUCUGACAUGUACUCUCCAAGCAGUUGUCCCACUUCAAAAUCUGAACAAGUGGUUCAUCGUCCAGCCGUUAGCUCUUCUGGCUGUCAGAAUACUAUGAGGGGUUCUGCAGAUGCUGUAGCCAAGAUUUCCAGUCGUAGUGAUUGUGAUUCGACGAGUCCCUCUUCUAACUCCAUACUCAGGUUGAUGGGUAAAAAUUUGAUGGUUGUCAAUAGAGAUCAAGACGAAUCCAUACCACAAGGCCAGGCUCAACCACAAUCCCAUGUCAACCAUCUCACUUCACCAUUUUCUACAUUUACUGGUGUCUCUCCUAGCGGUACACAGAACCAAGUCUACCAUCCAUUCCAUCCUAACUUCCAACGAGGUUCAGUUAUUUUAGGCCAGGAUUCACACUAUGCUGAGAGGCAGUGUGUUAAUGCAAGGAUCUCGAACGGUAUGAGAACUCAAAGGACAUCACCAAUGCUUUAUGAAGGAGCAGCAUGUUCAUUUUCAAACCAGCGCAUGGAUGGUGGUUUUGUGGCCAACAUGGAGCUUCGUGAGUUUGGAGCAGAUUAUAAUGUUGAAACCCCACAUAGAAAGUUUAAGAAUGUACUUUCUGCUGCUAUUCCUGUUAAAGAAAUCAUCACCAUCGACGAUGUUUCUGAAACUGAAGCUGAUUUGGCUGGUGAACAUGCUGCAAAAUACUCAAGAGGGUUAGGGGAGAAUUGUAUGGUUUCGUCAGGCAUUAGGAUUCCCAGCUAUAAUGCAAAAAGCUCCACUUCUUUCUAUAGUUGUCAGUCGGAUCAUGACCAGUCUAUGCAUCCUGAACCACCAUUAGUUCAUCAUCAUAGCUCCGGUUUCCAUUCACUGCCCUCCAGGCAAGCGAAUGCAAGCCCUGCUAGGUGGAGUUGUCCCUCAGACGGUUCUGGCUCGCUCCAACAUAAUCCUUACAUUGCAUCUCCAUCUGCAAGAGGACAUCUGAGACCUGCGAUGUAUAAUCGUCAAAGCUUGAGGUAGUAAUGAUGCAAGCAACCCUCACAAACUGCUGGAAGCUUUGAGAGAGUGAUGAUGAUUUUGAUGACGAGGGUUGAUCUCUCUAAAGAGCCUGCUAGGAAUUAAUAGCUGAGAUAUCUCAAAUAGAGUUGGUAUAUAAUCCUUUGAAAGUUUACUUAAUGAAUGAAUGUUGGGUGGAACUUAUGCAAGUUUUGAGGCUUCUGAGAGGGCAUGCUUUAAGCUACCCUGAGACUAGACAAUGUAUAAGCAAUCAUGAAUAAUAGUUGACAAGAAAACACUUAAUUUGCUUACUUA